GCUAUAAAUGUCUAAACUUACUUUACUGUGUGAAGCUUUAAAAAGAUAGACUAGCAACAACCAUCUAACUAAAAUAAGCCACCAACCGUUAUAUUUUAAAUCAAUACAGGCGGGUAUCUUAAAUGAACCAUGUAAAGAACACGAGAACUAGAACGUUAAGAUAGAAAUUAAUACACUUUAUUUUACAAUUUAAAGUAAUAUGAAGUUGUUAAGUUCAGUGAAAGGGUAGGUUAAACUAAACUAAAAUAUAACUCUAACCGUUACUUUUUAGAUUUGUACAGGCGGGCAUCUCAAAGGAACCAUGUAGGCUGUGUUAAGAAAACACGAGGACUAGAAAGUUCAGAUUGGAAUUAAAAAAACGUUAUUUUACUGUUAAAGAUAAUAUAGUUAAAGUAGUGGUAACAGCCUCCUCAGAGUCUUACUCCACCCACAUUUCAUAUUUGAAAAAUGCGGCCCAAAGAGGCGUUUCCUGUAAGACCGAGAAGGCGGAGCUACGGCCGUGAUUGACAUACUGAAAUUUGAAUACAGAUGGCGACGGAGAGCGACACUAGCUCAGAGCAGUCAUUCGAGGUGGAGGACUUUUCCCCACCUUCUUCCCCAGAGGAUAGGGAGGAGGGCUUAUUGGGGGAAGCAAGCGGUCCUGAACCGUAUCUUUUUGAGCCACUAGCUCGUGAGUUGUCUGAGGCCCCUGGAGCCGAGCCAGCAGGAGUAUCAAGGCAUCGAACGGGUCUAGUCUCUGAGUGGUGCACCUGCGGCCACUGCACAUCAUUGUCUGCCAGAGAAAAUGUGUGCUGCAGAGAAACGCCCAAGAUGCAGUAACGCCAGAGCUGCUACAACAGGAUUAAAAUCAAAGCCUGAUCCACUAAAAUGGCAUCUUCACAAGUGCGACUGCGAAUCCUCCCCAGCGCUCGUUGUCUUUUUGACAAAAUGGUUCAGAUUAGACUAGAAGGCCUUGCUCCUCAUAAGUCGGUGAAGCUGAGAUCCAAACUGGUUGAUGAUAGGGGCGUCAUUUUCACAGCAUCUGCCCUUUACGUUUCGGAUAAAACCGGCCAGAUAGAUCUCUCCACAUCACCUUCCCUGGCAGGGAGCUUCACUGGGGUGGAGCCCAUGGGUUUGUUUUGGGCCAUGACACCAGACACGCCGCACAGUAAGCACCUGAAGAAGAAUGUACUCAGCCCGACGUCAGUGGAGUUUCAAGCCCUCUGUGAGGAGACCGGUGAGCUCUUGGCGUCUGGAACUAAUGAGAGAGAAUACCUGAUUGAAGGAAUGAAGAGAAUCCCCGUGGCGGAGGGAAAUAUAAGAGGGGUCCUCUUCAUACCACCAGGAGAGGGCCCAUUUCCUGGAAUCAUUGAUUUGUACACUUUUGGGGGAGGCCUUACUGAAUCCAGGGCCAGCCUACUGGCAGGUAGAGGUUUUGUGGUGCUGGCCCUGGCAUAUUAUCGUUACAACAGUUUACCAAAAAACCCACAAAACCUGAACUUGGAGUACUUUGAAGAGGCUUUAACAUAUCUGAAAAAUCACUCCGAGGUGCAGACUUCUCGGAUCGGGAUCAUCUCGCUCUCACAUAGCGGUGCUCUGGCCUUGUCAAUGGCGUCUUUUUUCUCUGGAAUCACCGCAACCGCCUGCAUCAACGGCUGCACUGCAAACACAGUGAUUCCUGUUCACUACAAGAACCAGGUACUUCCUCCACUUACACCUGUCAUAAAGAAUAUUACAGUCACAGACUCUGGACUUAUUGACAUACGAGACGCCUUGCCAGAUCCCACUCUGGAAAGGAACAGGUCGUCUUUGAUUCCCAUUGAGCGGGCCACCUGCCACUUCCUGUUUGCCUUCUCUGAAGAUGACCACAACUGGAACAGCUCCUUUUUUGCCAAGCAAGCUGCUUCAAUCCUCAAAAGUCAUGGAAAAGAAUCAUUUGAGCUGUUCGGCUACCCGAAAGCCGGACACUUCCUGGAAGUCCCCUACACGCCGUUUUGUCCGUCUGGGUUUCACGGAGCUGUGGGGAGGGAAGUGGUGUUUGGCGGGGAGCCAAAAGCUCACUCCGAGGCUCAGCUGCACCUGUGGGAGAAGGUCCAGCUGUUCUUCAAGACCCGCUUGGGCAGCAAGAAUACUGCUGUAUAAAUCCUAAAGCAAAAGAGUUUGUUGUCUUUGAGUCACUUAUAAGUAAAGAGUCUAAUAACUGUUAAUAUUUAUGAUGAUUUUAAUGGUGGAGUUGUUUGGUUGGUGCGGUUUGUGGAUGUUUUUGAGAUUUUCCAGCUAUCUCAAAGUUUGUCUUUGUAAAAUAUAACAGUCACACUCUUACCUGUUACAUAUAGACUCCUGAAUGGAUUUUACUCUGACAAAUAGCUUUUAUGCCCUUUUAGAUUGAAAGGCUAACAGCUAGUGCAGCAUCAUAACUACCAUUGAUAUUUCAUUGGGGUAUUUCCAUGUUAUUAUUAUAAGGUUAAUUGUGUAAAAAAUCACCAGCAUCAGAAAACUACCGUAUUUUCCGGACUAUAAGUCACACUUUUUUUUUUCAUAGUCUGGCCGGUCCUACGACUAUAUACCAAAUUAUGUAGGCUAUACCGCUCUGCUGAGGGCCGGCUCCGACCCAGGAAUGAGCUCUCCCCGCCCGCUGGGAGGGUUUGAAACACCGCCAUCCUCUGCUGGAGACCGUGGCGCGCUGCUGCGCCCUGGUUGUUUAUUCUGUUAUUGUUACUGGUACUUGUCUUGCAAUGUGAAACGCUUGUUCUCAGAUUUUGUAAGAAAAAUAAUAAAAUUUCCCCCAAAAUGCGACUUAUAUAUGUUUUUUUCUUCUUCAUUAUACAUUUUAUGUCUGGUGCGACUUAUACUCCGGAAAAUAUGGUAUGUUGUGUGAAUAGUUAUAAAAUUUGGAGCCUGGAGCUGUCUUAGGAAAUCCAGUGCUCAGAUUAGUGUUUAGCUUAUCAGUCCUGUGGAAAGAAACACUAUAAACAGGGUUUUUUCUGGAAGCUAUCAAUGAUGGGUUGGUUGUUAUUUAUUCUUAAAUUUUUGUGGAAACAUUCCAAAAUUCCAUAGAUGAAUAAUUUCUUUGUCUUGAGUCCAGUACUCCAGUGGUCACUCAACACCCAAAUGUGGUUUAAUAGCAAGUUGUCUGACCAUCAUCAUCAUAAAAUGAUCCCAAAGUCAGAACAACAAAAAUAUUCAUAAAACAACUGAAAGCGAAUCCAUCCAUCUUCUAUACCCACUUAUCCACGCAGAGGAGCUGGAGCCUGUCUCCAGCAGUCUCCAGGCGGGGUACACCCUGGACAGGUUGCCAGUCCGUCGCAGGGCAACACAGAGACAUACAAGACAAACAACCAAGCGCACACACUCACAUCUAGGGAUCAUUUUAGAGAGACUACUCAACCUGACAGUCAUGUUUUUGGGCUGUGGGAGGAAGCCGGAGUACCCGAAGAGAACCCACGCUUGCACAUGGAGAACAUGCAAACUCCUAAUAGAAAGACCCCAGGCCAGGAUUUUAACCCAAAACCUUCGUACUACAUGGCAACAGUGCUAGAUACUGCGCCACUGUGCAGCCUGAGGAAAGUUAGUGAAAAUCAGAAAAUUUCAUUAUACAGAUGAAGAAAACAUAAAACAUCCAAGUGUACGCUUAAAAAAAGCCAUAAAAAGAUCAUAAGUCAAAACUAAAAAUAUAAAACAAAUGAAAGGUGAUCACAAAGAAGAAGAAAACAAGAUUUAAGUAAAAGCAGCGUUAACCCCUUACUGCUCACUAUAUGCAAAUAAAAAGUGCAACAGGAUCCCAGCUUUCAGAAUAUGUUUAAAUGACAUUUAUCACACAAACAGUUUAAGAGUUACGGUAUCUUAGAUGUAGAAGCCAUUUUGCGUCGGCACAGACA